ACGAUGACUCGGUGUGGUCCGGCUUCAGUUUGCACCGAAGCCCGACCGCGUACGGACACACGCUGCACGCGUUGCGCGCUUUGCGUUUCAUCCACAACGUUUUUCGUGGCGACCGUAGUCACAAGACGACGACAACGGUUACGUGGUUAUUUGGGAGUGUGUCCAGCGAGUAAGAAAUAAAAACUGGGUGGAGGCAGUUAGAAAAGGGAGUUUGGGCAGUACAGAAAGAUUGUGUGGUGGAGGAGUGUUAAGUAUUCCUAAUGCUAGCUACUUCCAUUUGCCGUCCCAUUCCCUAACACAAGCGGUUAUUCUGUAGAAAGACAGCACUCGGGUGUAAGGUCAAGUGGCGGAAAAGUGAAGUUGAAGUUACCCAUCGAAUAUCACCACCAGAACUCCACUAGGUCGUGGACGUCGAAGUACUAGGAGUGUGCUGAUGUGCUGAUUAUGGUUUAAUGUAGUGAUACGGCUCGAGUGAUACUUAGCAGAGACUUCUCGGCGAAUACGAAAACCUUUAAGCCGUGUGUCUGUGUCUAUGUGAAUGUGUGUCUUUUUUGUGUACAAAAAUGAGCAACCGGAGCAGGAUUGUAGUAGCAUCUAGUGGUACGCACUAGUGCUAGUGUGCGUGUAGGAUAGUAUUACCGAGAAAUUGAGUGUGUGUGUGUGUGCUUAGUGCUCGCUGCUUAACCUUUUGCGCCCUGCUGAAACGACAAACCCUACCAUUCCCCGUCGGGCGGUCAAGUGGCGUUACAGAAACACAUACACACACGCUGAGGUACACAUGAGCAGCUUUGCCGCGUUAGGCCGCACGAUGCGCCUAAAUGGUAGGCUAACCGCAGCCGUCCUAUUACUGCAGGCGUUAACGCUUGCCAGAUGUCUGCAGCUGACGGAAAUUACUGUGCCGGAUGUGGUGGAUGUCCGGGAGACAGUUACACUCUCCUGCAGUUACGACAUGGGCACGCAUAAGCUGAACUCCGUCAAAUGGUACAAAGACGAACGAGAGUUCUUCAGGUACUCACCGCUAAUGCCGAAGAGCUUGAUGCUGUUCGAUGUGGAGGGCGUGACGGUGCUGCAGAACUCGACUGGCCAGAUCUGCAACCAGUUCAUGUGUAGCAUUCAGCUGCACCGGCUCAACAUACGGUCGAGUGGAUCGUACCGGUGCGAAAUAUCUGGCGACGCGCCAGAGUUCAAGCUGGCGCACGGUGUCGGCAACAUGACGGUGGCCGUCUAUCCGCAGUUUGAUCCCAUCAUCAACGGGUUACAGCACAACGGGGUGCAGCACAACUACGCGCUCGGCGACUUUGUCGUCGCGAACUGCUCGUCGGAUAUGUCAAGCCCACCGGCCCGGCUCUACUGGUACAUCAAUGAUCGCAAUGUUCCGUCAGAUUACCUGCAGCCGCAGCACGAGUCGACGGUCGAGAACGAUGGAUUCCAGCUGCGCCAGCGGACGCUCGAGAUCCGGUUCUACAUCGACGAGAAGCGGCUCGGCAAGCUGAAGGGCAAGCUGGUGCUCAAGUGUCUCGCCCGAAUCGACGCCAUCCCGCAGGCGACGCGCGAAUCGACGCAGAUCAUUUACAUCCCGACGACGGACGAGCUGCGCAACCAGAAGCUGAUCAACUGGCGUGGCUCGGACGCUUCCUCGUUACAGUACGCUACGCUCGCCCGGUUGUCUGUACUCUUCACCGUCACGCUUGGUAGUUUCAGGUGGUUCGUGUAAUUACAAACAUGCGUAUAUGAAGUAAAUCACAUCACACACACAUCACAUUCCGUUCGUUGCUGGAGAGAAGCAGAAGAAUCAGCAGAAGCAUUAGCAGCAGCAGCAGCAGCAGCAAAGUAAGUACAUCCAGUAUACAAACUAGCGCAUGCAAGUUGUAGUUGAAGAACUAUAAGUAGAAAAAAAAAACAGAAAAGUUCAGCUGGGCGCGUAUCACGAGCAAAAUAGCAAUGCAAGCAAGCAGUCGAGAAUUGUGUGGAUAAACCAUGAUUCACGCAAACACGCAUGAGAAGAAGUAAAAAGAAAGUAAAUCAAAAUUGAGAUUUCUUAUCCUUGUUAGUACCGUACCAGUUUAUGCUCGGUUGUUGAGUGAUCUCGUUGAGUUUCGGACUAAGUUGCGCCAACACUUUUACCAAUUUACCCUGUUGCAUUUAACGCGAACGUUUACGCAUACUAUUAAGAGUAAGGAUUGGAGGACAAUGUAAAACAAGCAUGGAAGAUGGCAAACAAUACGAGAAAAAUUAAGUAAACAAAGAAAAUAAGAAAAAAAAGGUAACCAACACGGAUCGAUAAACGCAUCAAAAUGAUGACCAGUAGCAGGAGAAAGUAGGUGACAGAGUUGAGAAAAUGAACACAACAUUGUCAAAUUGAAGGGAAAAAGCAGUAAAAUGUAAAUAAUUAAUCACUUGGCCCACAUCAGAGCAAGGACUGGCAUGCUUAGAGAACGAGGAGAGACAGUGGAAAUAAUGCAAAAUGAAAAAAUGGUAUCCUGGUGCGCUCGAAGUCUCAAAAUAAUGACAACCAAAUUGAAAUCGGUUUGGUUGACGCGACUUGGAAACAAUAACAUGUUGCUGUUUGAAAAUGGCACUCAGUGUGGAAAAAAUAUGAAAAAGAAGCAACCGCAUCCUAUCGCCUGUCGCCUGAGUGUAAAAAUAGCAGACACAAAGAAAAGGAAAACAGGCGAUUUCCAAGCAGCGUUUUAGAGAGCCCUAACGAGCGUACGGGGAAAUCCUGCAGCAAUGGUGGCAGUUGAAAAACUAAAUGCUAGAACAAAACUGAUCAAAUAUACGAAGCCGGAGUUAGAUAGUUUCAUAGGAUAUUUUUCUACAGUUUAGUUAAUGACAAAUGUUGAUGGGUUUUGUUACGGCGAACGUGUUGAUUUGUGGCUCGCGCGUAUGUGUGUGUGUGAGAGUAUGUGCGCUUGGUGAAACAAAAACAAACAACUCAGAAUAAAAAAAAACAGAAAGUGCUGCUGAGUUGAAUGCAGCACAAGCCAAAAUCAGAAUACUUGGAGCUAUAUGCAUGCGUAUGUGUGUGUGUGUGUGUGUUUGUGUGUGCGUGUGUUACCAUCAUAGCCCGAUGUGGUGCAGUUGGUAGAUCUGGUGCAGUUGAUGUGUUGAUCCAGGAAUGGUGGAAAGCAACAACAACAAAAACACGCUUUCAAGUUUAGAAGUUUCUAACACAAAAAAGUGCUAACACAAAGCAUGUUGAUUUCUCUCGCUCAAUCUCUCACUUCCUGGCCUGCCUGUGCCCCUUGUCAGUGCCCCCUGCCUUCCUUUGGGAGUUGGAACAGGGAUUGUAGAUUACUCGGCGAGUGUACGACGCGUGAAAUAUGGGCCCCUUUCGGCCAUGAUGGAUGAAUAAUGUCCAGGAUCUUGCCCACCCUCGCCACGUGUGGAGUGGUUUUAUUUAGUGAUGCAGCUCAACAUCAGCGCAAAAUAUGCCAGGGAAGAAAGUACCUGCGAAAGAGAGAGAGAGAGAAAGAGAGAGAGAGAGAGAGAGAGUAAAGAGAGAGAGAGAAAGAGGGGGAGUAAGAGAUAGAGAGAGAGAGAGAGAGAAGACGAAGAAGAAGAAGAAGAAAACGGAAAAACGCACUAUUACGCACUCCUCCUUUUUCUGUGUGAGUGUGGCUUAGCUAGUCGGGAUGAUGGAAUCACUCUUGCCCAUUUCUAUAUAGAGCGUUGCUGCUUCAUACUGACGCUAAAUGAUCUAUUGCUUUGCAGUUAACUUUUUUCGGAUCGAGUGGACAGCCGUGUUAGGGCGAGUUGCAUUCCGUACUUCCUUGCAAAUGGUUCCAAAUGCAGAGAGGCAGAGAAAGAGUGAGAGAGAAAGCGAGAGAAAUGCCGUUCGUGUAUGCGCGCGUGAGAAAGAUAGAGACAGCUGUGCGAAGCUUGACCGUACUUCAAUGAUUUCAACCCGCCAUCGCUCUUUUUGAGGCAAGUGCGGAAGCGCGUUGUUGCGAGUACCCAGUACCUUUAGCGACCUUUUCCGGCUGCAUAUCUGUACGUCGGAGUGUAUUUAUGUGUGUGUGUCUGUUUGUAAAAAAGAUCGAUCAACAGCAGUGGCAGCAGUUACGCAAGCGGCCGGAGGGCUUGUUCGGUGGGUUGCUGAACAUUUUCGAGCACGAAACAGCACGAAAUGUCACUGGCAGAGAAUCCCCCAAACGGUUUCCAGAGCUUGUCGGCAGCUGUCAACGUGUCAAAGCGUUUUCGUCCGUUCAGUUUAAAGGACGGGUAGGCGAAAGGCAACAGCAGCAGCAGCAGCAGCAGCAGUGUCAGCUUAAAAUGAGUUUUGAGGUCUGCUGGUCCGCUGGCUCGGUCUGAUUGUUGAGUGGGGGGAGGGGACACAUUGUGCCGUCUCUAAUGGUUCGUCCGUUGCUGGGAAAAACCGUUGUGCCGUCCCAAUCGCUUUGACAAGUGGAAACCCGGAAACUGGUCGUCGCCUCCUAGGCGCCAUUUUUGAGUAGUAAUGAAGUAGUGCGGGGGUUGUAUGAAAGUAGUGAGCUAUAUGCACGCAACCAUAGUUUCGAGACGCCUUCCAAGCGGACUCUAUUGCUAACCGUAACACGCACAAUCACGCACACAGAGACACCAAGAGACUAAUGAUCGUCUUCAAGAUGGCCGGCCUGGUGGUGCAAGCGCUGUGAGCAUGAAUGACGGCGUCCCUCAGCAACAUAACUGGCUAUCGUAUGUGAUACGAUAAUUGUCUGCCUAUCCGAUUUGAUAGCCAUGUUAUACAGAGGACUUAAAAAGCACACUCCAAGUGUUUUUGGGGAACCACUAAACAGAGAAAACAAAUCAAAAGUUCCACAUUACCAAGCGACAUUACAUGACUCGCGUGCACUGGUUAGCACGUUCGCAAAUGCUCCAUUUAGGAAACCGAAACCGGCAGCGGGUUGAACCAACCGGCGGGAACUACCUGGUGGUGGUUCAGGUAGUGGGAAUACGAGGCCUUAUAAUUUGUAUAUUUAGUACAUGUGGCAUAUGGAAGCACCAAAACAAAACAAAAAAUAACACACACUCCAACACACUUCUAACAUACACACUCUAUGUGGAAUAGGUUACACAACGUGCUAAGGCGAGCCUUCAGAACUAGCAAAACGCUUGCAAGAAUAGCUUUGCAGUUGAAGGCCGCUUGCGUUGGUUUAGUUGUUUGUUUUAACACCUUUUUGUCUUUUGAACAAGUUUUUGCACACAGAUUGAUGUGUGGCAUACGUCAGCAUGUAUAAAUCGAUAGGUGUAAAGGUGUCUGUAACACCGAUUGAAGGUGUAAUACAAAAAAACUUCCACUUUGAAAAUACGUAAAAAGAUGGAAGUCUUAGAGCGGGACAACACCAAAGGAUAAAAAAAGUGGGGUGAAAUUUUGAGAAGAAAAAAAAAGCAAAUAUACAAACAACCAAACCACAAAACAUACUACACUCGUUCGUGCAGAAAAAAAAACAAAAAAAAACAAACGUAAGUCAAAUUAACAAACUUUCAUUGCUAAGUAUCUACCGCUGUUUGUAAUUGAAAUGCUACGAUUUAUGUGUAUGUGUGUGUAUGCGUGUGAAUGUGGAGAAGGGAGCGAGUGUGAUCAAUACCGGACCGGCGGAAGGGUUCAUUUGGAGGAUGUUUUCUUAUACCUAAAAUAAGCAAUGCUACCUUAUCAGAUAUUUAUUAACAAAACAAGAGAAAGAGAGCGGGAAAAGAAAACUAAGCGCGCUACUGGCACAAAAAGAAAACGUUACUACAUAAAAGAAUAGGCAUACAAAACCCUCACAAAAAAAAAUCAAGACAGAAAGCAAUGAAGAAAAGUUUGCAUAACAGAGAACACAUGUAAACGAAAUAAGAGAUAUAGCCAAAACAGUAACAGAAAAAAGAGCGAAUAAAAAUGAGCAAAACAGAAACGGCGAGCAGCAACAAGCAUUAUAAGAAAAAGGGAAAACAUUAUUGCACAAUAUAUAAUGAUUUUUUUUUGUAAUAUAGUGUUAUGACGCCACAACACAAAAAUACAUCCCACACAGAAACACACACACACACACACACACACACACACACACACACACACACACACACACACACACACACACACACACACA